AUGAGGGAACAUAGUAAGUACGAGGAUUUCAGCAUAUUACAGCAGGCUGUCCGGCGAGCCGGCCCUCAGCCCGCGCCGCGGGGUGGGCAAGCGCCCCGCGGGCGUCUCGGGCUCCCAGCCCACUGCCCCGCCUCCCUGCCACCCGCUAGGCGUCGUCCGGGAACGCCCCUCGCUGAGAGAGACCCUCAAUCACAAGUCACCCCGCCCUCCCCACCCUCCUCGCCGUGCCACGCAACCCCGCCCCUGAACCGCCCUCCCGAUCUCCGUGCAGUACCCCUCGCCCCUCGCCGGGAAGAACGCAGUGACUCCAGCAGCCCUGGCGGCUCUUUGGGCCCAAGGGGCGGGCGCGGCAGCCAUUGGCGGAGGCGGCUGCCUCCGGCUGUCAAUCCGACGGCCCGGCCCCGCCCCACCGGCGGAGCGUGGCAGGACGCAGGGCCGCGGGGGCUGUCGGGACGGCUCCAAGAUGGCCGCGCGCUUGGGGUCCGCACCUGCUGGCGGCCCCGAGCCCCGUUCACUGCCACCGCUGCUGACCAGAGCCGCCGGUCGGCCCGGCGACUCCGGGGGCUGACCCCGCGGGGCGGGAGGCCUCCAUGGCGACCCUGGAAAAGCUGGCGAAGGCCUUCGAGUCCCUCAAGUCCUUCCAGCGGCCGCCACCGCCGCCGCCGCUGCCUCAGCCGGCACCGCAACCGCCGCCGCCUCAGCCCCCUCAGCCGGACCCGCGGCCUUAACCGCCGCCGCCGCCGCCUCAGCCCCCUCAGCCGCCACCGCAGCCGACGCCGCCUCAGCCGGUACCGCCGCCGCCGCCGCCUCAGCCCCCUCAGCCGGCACCGCGGCCUCAACCGCCGCCGCCGCCGCCUCAGCCCCCUCAGCCGGCACCGCAGCCGCCGCCGCCUCAGCCCUCUCAGCCGGUACCGCCGCCUCAGCCGGUACCGCAGACGUUGCCGCCGCCUCAGCCCCUUCAGCCGGUACCGCCGCCGCCUCAGCCGUCUCAGCCGCCGCCGACUCAGCCGUUACCGCCGCCGCCUCAGCCCUCUCAGCCGGUACCGCCGCGUCAGCCGGUACCGCCGCCGCCUCAGCCCUCUCAGCCGGUACCGCCGCCUCCGCCGGUACCGCAGCCUCAACCGCCACCGCCGCCUGCCCAGCCGUGGGUCAGGAGCCGCUGCACAGACGGAAGGUUAAAUUGCAUGUUCAUAACAUCAAGAAAAUCACAAGCAUUUACGAUGUAAUCAGAACUAACUGAGGAUCUGUGAAACUUGGUGAGUUGGUGGAUUUUUUAAAAUGUCUUAAAACAUUUUGUUUUUACAAAGAUUACAGGAGUAAGAGAAGAUAAAUUUUAAUCAACUAUUAAUAUUUUUUUCCUGGUUGAUGUGAUAUAAUUAAAUGUGGGGAAAAAAGGUAAAUUCUAAAAGGAGACACUACCUUGAUGGUUUUCUAUGGAGGAAACUCAAGCAGGAGGAAGUUUAAUUUAAAAACAUAAAUUACUGCUCUUUAUAAUACAUUCUAAGUUGUCAUUCUUUUGAAUGCCUUCCUUUCCAAACAGGUGUGUUAUUCUGGGAGAUCAUCAGGACUUCUGGGUAUUUGGAGGUACUGACCUAACCAGUGGAACUGCUGAUUUAUAAGAAGUUGUCCAGAAUUUUGGAAAACUGAUUAGUAGAGGCUGGAGACCGAGAAGAACUACCAUUUUUGCCAGCUGGGAUGCAGAAAAAUUUGGACUUCUGGGUUCCACAAAUGGGCUGAGCUCUGUCAUAAUGGAAACUCUGCAGCAGAAUCAGCUGUCAUCUAUCCCGUGUGGCCAAGUGCAGAGGAGAAUGUGAAAACACUCCAGGAGAGAGAGGUUGCAUAUAUCAAUGCAGACUCAUACACAGAAGGCAAUUAUACCCUCAGAGUUGACUGUACACCUCUUCUUUUCCAGUUGGUAUAUAAACUGACAAAAGAGUGGAGGAAUCAGACAUCAUUCAUCUGGAGAAAUGCUGUUGGUUGCUGAGGGCUCAAUCCCGAACUGGAUGAUUUGAUUUAGAGACAUUUGGCCCAUUGGCUUCACCACCAGUUUGUCCAUCUCUGAGUGAAGGUUUAUUUAAUGCUUUUGGUGAAAAUCAUGACAGCCACAUAGAUUUUAAGGAGAUAUCCUGUGGGUUUUCAGCUUGUUGCAGAGGACCUCUGGCUGAAAGACAGAAAUUUUGCUUCAAGGUAUUUGAUGUUGACGGUGAUGGAGUUCUCUCUAGGGUUGAACUGAGAGGCACGUGGUUGCACAUUUAGAGGUCUGGAAGGACAACUGCACCGAUGAUACCCUGGAAUUACAUGUGGAUGUAUCCAACAUUGUAGAAGAUACAUAGAAUGCACAUGACACCACAAAGAAUGGCCAUCUUAACUCUAGAGGAAUAUCAUAUCUGGAGUGUGAAAAAUGUUCUUGCCAAUGAGUUUUUGAAUCUACUUUUCCAGGUAUGUUUAAGGUAAAUGACAGAGACCGAGGGCAGUGGUACCAGUAGUUCUACAUCUUUUCCAUUAUGUAGUAGUUAGACAACUAGACUACAAAACCAUAUAUUGUCAAAAGAACUGCAUUAACCUGUACACCACCUGCAGAUGGUAAGUUAGAGCGUGCAUGCUUCUCAGAGUCACAAUGUGCAUGAUAGGAAAGUAGAGUAUAGCUGAUAAUGUUUAUCUUAAUAACUCAUGAUAGAGCAGAUUGUAGACACAUAGAAAAUAAUUUAAAAUGUAAAAGCCAUUAUAAUUUGCUAUUUUUCUUUACUUUUUUUUUUUUUUAAGACCCUUCCUAACAAGUAAGGCAGUGUGGACAGAGACAUAUAUCAUAAGUCGGCAGCUGUAAAUUUUUCACAAAGUAUACAAUCUUUCCAGUUAGGAGGUUAUUUUAGAUGCAAAUCUGUUUCUUAAUUUUCUUUUAUUCUUUCUUUCUUUCUUUUUUUUUCUUUUUUUUAAUUUAAUUCUUUAGAAGGUCCAAAAAAGAUUGAAGGAGAAAGGAGGAAUAAAAGCUGUCAGGGGUGAACAUGAAAUCAUAAAACUUGCCAGAUUUUAACUAUUUUCCAGUUAAAGUAGUUCUCUUUGCUCCAAUUUAAAGAAACAACUUAUAGUUUCCCAUUUUUCAUAGUUCUUCAUAAAUAUAUGUUGAUUUAAUAGUAUUUUACAGGGUGUGAGUAGGGACAGACUGGAAGUUCAAGAUUUGUAAAUACUGACAGGUAUAUAUAGAAUAGAUAAACAAGUUUAUACUGUAUAGCACAGGGAAAUAUAUUCAAAAUUUUGUAGUAGCUCAUGGGGAAAAAAUAUGAAAACUAAUAUACGUAUAUUCGUAAAGUACUGAAAAAUUGUGCUGUACACCAGAAAUUGACACAACAUUGUAAACGGAGUAUAACUCAGUAAAAAAAUAAAAAUAAGAUAAAACUGUUAGAACACUAUAAAAAAAGUAGUAUUUUAGAUUUUUCUUAUUUUAUUCUCCUUUUCUUAUAAAAGCACCCCUAUGAAGUUAAAUAAGGCUUGAUAUCUUUAUAUCUAUCAUGAUUCUCCAUUGUAAAUACAGAGUAACCUGCCUGUGACACAGCUGUGUUAGAAUAAAUGAAAAUUGAACUCUUCCUGACAGCUAAUAAUUAAUGUAUAUUUAAAGCAUAUGAAAUCUGAUAAGUCUAUGAUACCCAUUUAAAUCAAUCAGUUGCUCCACUGUCAGUUAUCAGCCAGGAUCUAAGUUGAUGUCUUUAUAAAAUAUAAAUACAUAUAAAAAUAAUAUAAACCUACUAUAAACAGAAAUGACUUGCUUAGUAAUAUGGAAAUUAAGCAGCUAUUUUUAUCUCAUUUAAAAUGAUGUCCUCAAUUACUUUAUCAUUAAUUAUAUAAACAUUUUGACCACUUAAGUUUCUGUCUGAGUCACCUUGCAGCUCUUACAUAGCAAAGCGUUUUGAACUUUUAUAUUGCCUUUCCUAUUUUCUCAUGUUAUUCAGGGGUUUGCAUAGGCACUAUUUUUUCUAGGACUCUAUAAACAGAUGUAUGCCUGAGAUUUUCUUUUGUGUCUGUGUUUCUAGCAUUAUAUUACUGACAGAUUUUUUUGUUGGUUAUCAAUCUAAUUUUUUUUCUUGGUAUAUAUAGUCCUUUCAGCCCUUUCAAAUAUAUAUAUAUGUAGUCAGUUUACAAUGUGUCAAUUUCUGGUGUACAGCACAAUGCUUCAGUCAUACAUGAACAUACAUAUAUUAAUUUUCAUACUCUUUUUCACCAUAAGUUACUACAAAACAUUAUUGGAUAUAGUUCCUUGUGCUAUACAGUAUGAACUUGUUUAUAAAUUGGGAGUUUGAGAUUUGCAGGUACUAAAUAUUAACAUUAAAUUUUAUGAUGCUUACUUUAUCCCAUAUUCAGACAUGCUUUUAAAACUUAAUUUUCACUUAAUAUAUAAGUAAUCAGACUUACUCUAAAUUGUUUUAAUUUCUGUCUGUUUCUAAAAUAGAAUUAGCUAGUAAAUUCAGUGAUAAAAGCUUGAAUUAUACUUUUAUUUUAUUUGCCAAGAUCCCACUCCUGGCUGACCAUUUUGGGUAUUUAAGUAUAAAGUAAGUAAAUGUCAGUAGAAUUAGGAAACCAUUCCUGUGGUAAUAUUGUUUUCAGUCCUUUCAAAUAAACUCAGUGCCCAAUAUUUUGCAGAGGAAGCACUCUAAACAUGA